AUGUUCAAAGCACCGCAUUUCAAUUGGUACGGCCGCGGCUUCAAGCUGCGGGCGGCGAUUACAAUCGCCUGCCAGAUGGCCUUUGUGUUGUUCGGCUACGACCAAGGCGUCUUUGGUGGAAUUGUCGGUAAUCCCGAUUUUCUUGACACCUUCAACCACCCGGCCCCGGGCCUCGAAGGCAUCAUCGUUUCCAUAUACAACCUGGGAUGCUUUACAGGCUGCAUCUUGGCAUUCUUCUUCUGUGAGAAGACCGGCCGGCGUUUGGCCAUGUGGAUAGCCAUGGUCUGGAUCAUUGUAGGCGCCAUACUGCAGACAACUGCGUACUCCGUUCCGCAUUUGAUGAUUGCGCGGUUCAUCACGGGAAUUGGAACAGGCAUUGAGACGUCGACGGUGCCCAUGUAUCAGUCGGAGCUUUGCGAGGCAGAAAGGCGAGGAAGGCUGGUCAGUUCCGAGCCGUUGUUUGUGGGAGUGGGCAUCGAAAUUGCGUAUUGGUUUGACUACGGCAUGAGUUUCACCUCUGGCAGUAUUGCUUGGAGACUACCCAUCGCAUGUCAAAUGAUUUUUGCAGUCUUUGUGAUUAUUCUCGUUUUCGGUCUCCCGGAGUCGCCGCGCUACCUGUACAAACACGGACGAAGCGAAGAAGCACUCGCGAUAUUGUGCGAUGUAUACGAUGGUACACCUGACGAUCCAAAGAUUGCGAAGGAGAAUGGCGAGAUCCUCGAAGCGUUAAAGGUCGAGCAAGAACAUGGAGAGUACAAAUGGAGCCAGCUUCUCAAGAGAGACAAAGUGCAAACUGGACGGCGCGUCCUACUUGCCUACGGGAUGCAGUUCAUGAACCAGAUGGGCGGAAUUAAUCUGGUCGUGUACUAUAUCACAUCAGUGUUGCAGCUCAAUGUUGGGCUUGAUAGGAAUCUAUCCUUACUCCUAGGAGGCGUCAUCAACCUCAUGUUCUUCAUUGGCUCACUUUUCCCCACGUUUUUCCUAGAUCGCAUCGGCAGACGGAAGCCAAUGAUGUGGGGAUCGUUUGGCCUCGGUGUUUCCAUGAUGCUGAUAUCGAUCUUGUUGAGUUUCAAGAACCAAGGAGGUAGUGUCGCCAAGUCAACGGCGUCUGCCAGUGUCUACAUGCUCAUCUUCGGCGCAACAGCUAAUUGCAUCCCGUGGGUCUAUGUACCCGAAAUCCUACCGCUCCAUGUACGAGCCAAAGGUACUGCUGUAGGCAUCUCGGCCAACUGGAUCUGGAACUUCUUCGUCGUCAUGAUCACGCCCACUCUUCUUAACAACCUCGAGUGGAAGGGUUAUUUGAUAUUCAUGUGCCUGAACUUUGCGUUCGUGCCGCUCGUGUACUUCUGCUAUCCCGAAACGUCCAAUCUUACGCUGGAGGAAAUAGACUGGUUGUUUUACGAGGGUAACGUUGUCAAGAGGAGCAUAAGGAUCGCGAAGGACGGCUGGGAAGAAGAGGCGAUGUCGGGGUGCUCGUGGCCCUCGAUGAGAGAAUCAGAGAUGCGCCUUCUGGAGGCAUAUCGACGAGAGAAUACACCAGUGUAA